CUCAUAUGUCGAGCGACCGGUGCGCAGGCUUCUUCGCCGUCCAGGUUGGCACUUCCGCCACCGUUCACGACACGCUCGCCGAGGCGCUAGUCAGGUUGGUCCCGUGUGCUGCUAUCGUCCGGUUUGAGACGCGUGACGAGGCUGAGGCGUGGGCAAAGCUCGCGCCACGGCGGCCGGCGCCUGCCACCGAAGCCUCCGAGGGAGCGCCAACGGCGCCGGGCUCGCCGGCGGAGGAGCGCAAUGCCGUGGCGGCAGAAGAAGAGGCGCAGGCCGAGGUCAUUGGCGCCUUUGCACACCACGUCAGCGACGACGGAGCUGUCGGCGUCGGCGCUGUGCUGGAGCGCCGGGCAGACGGCUUCAGCUGGCGUGGCUAUCGACACUGCGCUGGCACCGUCGCCACUGCCGCCACUGCCGUAUCGCAGGAAGAGUCGGAGGAGGAGGACGCGACGCAGGCGGGGGAAGAGGAGGCCAGCUCCACGGUCGAGACCGAAGUCGAGGCCUUCUUGCUCUUGGCCGAGGCGGCGAGCGUCCUCGCGCCGCGCGAGUCGCUGCUUCUGCUCGGCGGCUCUCGCCUGCUCCACUCCCUCCUGCGGCGCCGCGUGGCUGCCCCAACGCUGGCCGAUGGGGCAAGAGUCCUAGCCGCGGGUGGCGUCAUCUGCGCGGCGGAGGCGCUGACGCUUCGGCGCGGAGGAGCGCUGUCGACGCUGCUCUCGCGCGGCGCUGCCCUCCUCGCUGGACUCGACCGAUGCGCCCUCCUCCUCGCGCAGCUGCGAGGCUUGGCAGCGGAGGCUCGCGUCGAGGCUGCUCGCGCGAGCCUGCUGCGGGCGAGUGGCUCAGAGCUGCUCGCCGCGCCUCUGGCGGCUUUCCCGCCCCUGGCGGCCCCGCUGGCGCCCGCCCCUAUGGCAGGGCCGGGGACAGCCGCGGCGACGGGGUCGCGAGCUGCGGUCUUGGCGGCGGAUCCGGCGGCGGCCGAGGCUGGGGCAGAGCUCGCUCCCUCGGCUUGCUUGCCCUCGAGCGAGCUUCCUGUCGUGCUUCAUGCCGCGUCGUCUGGCCGGCUGCUGCUCCCGUAUGAGGAGCGGGAGGUGCUGUCGCAGAUCGAGUUUGCGCAGCGAGAGGCGGCGCGUGUGGCCGCGGGCGGGACGCCUCCGGGAGAGGCGGCGAGGUCGGCCCCUGCCGUGAUUGACUUGUCCGGCGACUCGUCGCCGCACCGCGGCGAAUCAAAGCCCGCCGCCAGUCAGCCGAAAGCGGAGCAGCAGGCGGGGCAGCAGGCGGAGCAGCCGCCGCCGCGCAGCUGGCGGCGAGAGGACCUCGACGAGUGGCUUGCCGCGCCAGAGCAGCGCCAGAUCCAGCUUGACGUCGACCAGCGGCGCGUCGUCACCCUCGCGUGCAGGGAGAGGCGCAAUCUCUUCUACACGGGCCCGGGCGGCGUCGGCAAGUCGCACGUGACGCAGGUCAUCAUCUCCUUCCUCCGCCACGUCUUCGCCGACCGCUUCUCCUCCGCCGUCGCGAUCACCGCCCCGACCGGCAUCGCAGCCACGCACAUCGGAGGCACCACGCUCCACUCCGCCAGCAGCGUCGGGGUGCCGACCUUCCACGCGGACUUUGAGCGGCGGAUGGGUGGCGGCGGGUCGCACUCCAAGGGCAAGCAGCUGGCCACGGGCCUCGAGGUGUCGAUGCUCUCUGCCGAGUUCCUCGACCUGCUCGACGACCAGCUCCGCCGCCUCGUCGCCAAGCACGGCCGGGGCGCCGAGCACGAAUGGCGCGGCUCGCGCCCGUCCGAGGUGCCCGCCUUUGGCGGCGUGCAGCUUCUCGCGUGCGGCGACUUCUUCCAGCUGCCGCCGAUCACGGAGCGGGUGCCCGCCGCGACUUGGGGGAGGCUCCUCGGGGCGAAGCUGCGCGAGUGCCGCGCGCUGUCGAGGGUGUGGCGCCAGAAGGAUGCAGAGCUCGUCGCGACCCUCAACCGGAUUCGAUGCGGCGACGCGCGGCCCGAGGACGCCGCUCCGCCGCGGCCGAUGCUGCUCGCGCCGACGAACGCGGUCGUGUCGGAGCGGAACGUGCGCGAGCUCGCGGCGAUGGUGAGCCGCGCGACCGCGUGCCAGUGGAUCGCAGAGGAUUGGGUCGACGUCGACGAGAGCUGCCCCGGUGGGCGAGCCGCGGGCGACGCGCGAGAGCGCGGCUCCUUCUUCGGCGACUGCCUCGCCGAGCGGCGCGUCGAGCUGUGCGAGGGGGCGCGCGCGCCGGCCGACGCCAAGCUGUGCAACGGCUCGCUCGGCGUGGUCGGCCCGAUGCCCGAGCCGGACGAGGUGGCGGCGGCGCUCGAGAGUAAGCUGAGCGAGCUCGAGGCGCUCGAGGCGCAGGCGGCGCAGGCGCUCGACACAGGCGGCGAGCGCUCGCGCGACGUCCUCAUCGGCCGCGUGCAAUACUACCGCGUCUACCGGGCGCACCUCUCCCGGUGGCUGCACGCGGACCGAGCCGCGGGCGACAACGUGGGCGGCAGCGGCGGCUGCUGGAACAGGCCGCUGCUAGUGCCGCGCGUCCGGUUCGACAACGGCCGGACAGAGCUGCUGCUGCCCGGGAUGCUCUCGUCCGAGGUGGUCGGGUGCGGCGUCUGCUACCGCCUGCAGGUGCCGCUCAAGCCGGCGUGGGCCGUCACGAUACACAAGGCUCAGGGCAUGACGCUCGACGCCGCCGCCGUCCAAGUGUCGGGCUGCUUCGACGACGGCAUGGCGUACGUGUCGCUCUCGCGCGUGCGCUCCCUCUCCGGCCUCCGCUUCCAGAGAAAUUGCCCGACGUCGCUCGAGUGCGCGGGCUGCGCCAGGUGCACUUGCCGCCUGACACCAUCCGACAUCCGCGCCUCGCCGUCGGUCCGGCUCUACUACCGCCUCGCCGCCGACCUUGCCGUCGCGUCGGAUGCGCUGUGCGCGGCGCUGCUCGCGCACGGCGCCGAGCGCGAAGACCUCGCU